AUGUGUCCGGAAGACCAGCUCCGAGCACGGGAGUUUGUUGAGCUCCAUGACCAAGUUCAGACGAGUGUCAACCUGCUUGACUCCCUAGAAGGUUUCCUUUCAACCUUCCAGAAGGACUUGUCUGCUGUAUCCGGACAAAUAUCCAAUCUUCAGGAUAGGAGCAAGGAUAUCGAUAAUAGACUUAAGGGGCGGAGAAGGAUCGAGAAGCCUCUGUCCAACCUCAUCAGUGACCUAUGCAUACCCCCUGCACUCGCGACGCUUAUACUGGACACUCGCGUCGAUGAUGACUGGAUACCCGCCAUCGUGGAGUUUGAACGACGACUAGAAACCCUCAAGCUACGAGUCCGCGUCAAAGCUGCCCGGGACUUGUCAGAGGUUGCGGAAGGCUUGCGAAUAGUGGCUGCGACCAAACUCCGGACAUUCUUCCUGGCAAUGCUUGAGCCCAUACGAACGAGCAUGACUACAAACUUGCAGAUGCUACAAUCGUCAGUUUGGAUGAAGUAUCGCCCUCUUUUCGUUUUCCUUCAGCGGCACGCGAGCAAUGUUGCAAGUGAGGUGCAACGAGCCUAUGUCAGCAGUGUGCGUACCUUCUACGAGACCGGAUUCCGACGGUACUUGCGAGGUCUUGGCUGGGUCAAAGCUCGAACAGUCGAGAAGUCUGAAAGUAUCAUAAGCGGCGCAGGCGAGACAUCGCAAGGGCUAGAGUUCGAUGCAAAUCGUUUGUCAUAUGCACGUGUAGACGGUCCCAGCGUGACCAUGGCUUAUAUGACUGAGGACAAGAACUAUAAAGAGCCUUUAGAAGCGCUAGUCCGCUCGGCCCUCAUGGUGCUCAUGGAUAACGCAACGGCAGAGUAUGCAUUCAUCACAUCGUUCUUCGCAAACGAGCCUCGCCCUCCGCCGCAGAGCAGAGAUCAAACAGGUUCUGCGGCCAUGUCACCCCCUAUCCUCUCGCCAACCCGUGGGGAAUUUGAUGAAUUGCGCUCAGGACCGGGCUCGGAGAUCGGCAGCGACAGCGUCUCCCCACGCAUGCGACCGGUCAAUAUCACCAGCGUUAUUCAGGCGGCUGCCAAUCAAGAGCAGACUGCCAAGGAGGAGCAGGCGGCGCUGAAUGCGCUGUGGAAGCAGGUGAUAGAUCCCAUCCUGGAUUACUGUUCAACGUUUGUCGCCGGUGCCAUUGAGCCUCCGCCUCCCGUCAUCCCACUCCUGACAAUCAUCCGUCUAACCGAGGAUAUUGUUGCCGAGGUGCAGAGGCGGGGAUGCGGCCCACUCGAGACGUACAUCUUCACCCUCCGCCUGAAGAUGUGGCCCGUGUUCCAGAAACUCAUGGCGGAGCAUGUCGACGCCCUCAAGAAGUUUGCAGAGGGGGCGUCUGCAGGGUAUUUCCGUCGUAGUGGGACAACCGACGCCGCGGUGUCUAGCGUCUGCCGGCGCUACGUCACGAUAUUUAACUCAUUCGUUGCCCUCACCGAUCAGCCAGAGGAGACGAUGAUCUUCUCGAACUUGCUCCGUUUGCGCCAAGAGCUGUCGAAGCUUAUCACCACCCAUACGGACAAACUAGGCGACCAGGUGGCUAAAGCGUCCGCACAAUCGACCUUCUACGAGCAAAUACUGCAAGGCCUUAGUAAUGGACCCCAUCCAGCGAGCCAUCCAAAGGCACAAAGCGAGCUUGCAUACUGGCGCCAGCGCGAUGAGGAGUCACGGCGUCGUGUUGUAUCCACACAUGGCCGUAGGUAA